AUGAUAAACAACUUCCACAUGCAGUCGGAUUUAAAUGAAACUCUGAAGAGGUUCUGGGAACUUGAAGAAAUACCAGAAAAUAAAAUGAUGACUGAAGAGGAGCUAGCAUGCGAGAAACAUUUUUGCAGUAUACAUUCAAGGGCUGUAGAUGGACGAUACCAGGUGGAGCUACCAUUCAUAGAAGAAGACCCAAUUGAAAUAGGAAGUUCGAGACACAUUGUAGUUGCCAGACUCUUUGGUAUGGAAAAACAGUUUUGCAAAAAUCGACAACUUCAAGAGGAUUAUAUCAAGUGCAUUAAUGAGUAUAGCAACAUGAAUCAUAUGCAAAAGGUGGAACCAAUCGAGUUGAGAAAUGAAAAUCAAAAUGUCAUUUCCAAUUAUUUACCGCAUCACGGUGUCGUCAAGGAGAGUAGCUCCACCACGAAAUUAAGAGUUGUUUUCGAUGCGUCGCGACCCACAUCUAACAGCUCAUCCUUGAAUGACAAGAUGAUGAAGGGCCCAGUCAUCCAAGACGACUUGGCCACUCUUUUGCUCCGAUUUCGAAAAUAUAAAGUUGCCUUUACAGCCGAUCUCGAAAAACUGUAUAGACAAAUCAAACUUGCACCUAAACACACCGAUUGUCAGCGAAUAGUUUGGCGAGAAUCACCUAGACAACCUAUUUGUGAUUAUAAAUUAACUACCGUGACUUUUGGCACUAAAUCCGCACCCUUUUUAGCUACGCGAGUGUUAAAGCAGCUGGCUACAGAUGAAAGGAUCAGAUAUCCUUUGGCAUCGCAGGCUACAUUAGAGUCCUUUUAUGUUGACGAUUUGCUAUCUGGCGCAGAUUCACUUGAAGAAGCACUACAACUUCAGAAAUAA